AUGGCCCGCAUGGACUGCAGAUUGACGGGACAGACCCCGAUUGAUGGCGCUGUGGCAGAGUGGAAUAACAUCACAGCCGAAAACCGCGUCGAAGUGUUUGAUCGUAUCUUAGAGGUGAACGGCACGAAGGGUCAAGCACCAGAUCUGGUGAAGGCUCUGGCAGCUGACACGGAAACCAUGUCAAUCACUGUCCAGAGGCCGUGUGAGAGGCAGGUCAAACUACAGAAGCCGGGUGAGAUUGGUGUGAUCCUGAACUACAAGAAAGUGGGCUCGGCAGCCCCGUGGAUAUCAAACAUCAAUGCGGGGCUUUUAAGCCAGUGGAAUGAUCGCAGGCCUGCCCAUGCCGUGCAAACUCACGACAGGAUUGUUGCAGUGAACGGUGCGAAGGGUACACCUGAGGAACUCAUGCUGAAGAUGAAGGAGGCAACAUCCACUCUUGAUUUGAGCAUCCUGCAUUAUGCGGUUUGA